AUGAAGAUGCAAAAUUUACGGCAGGAAAGAAAAAAACUAAACAGGAUUUCGAAUGUGGAUCUAAGGAAUUUGGAAAUAGUAGAAAUAGUGCUCUAUAAUGAGAAGUUUGAAGAAUAUACAGAGAAAUGCAACAGUUAUCAGAAAGCUUGAAUAUAUUUGAUAAUAAAAUAUAUUUUGUACCAAGUAAAUAAGAAAAGAAGAAAUAAUGCAGAGAUUCAUAAGCCUGAGAACAGCUGAUAA